GACCCACCUCAUAAGAAAUCUUACAGUUGCCUCUGUCAUGUAACAGCUCAGAUCUGAGAGGUUGUCCAAGGCGGAGUCCAGUCCCACACCGUGAACAGCCUGAGCCAGCAGAGAGAUGCAGGCUGCAUGAGCAGAGCUGAGCUCCCCAGCAGGAUAUCAUAUUGGAUACUGGGAACCAGAGUGGACUGGCCAGAAAAGUGUAAGUGACCCCAGCGGUGCAAUCGGGCUCUAAAUAUUUAAUGUCCUUUGGUCAUCAUGAACCUGACCUCCAGCUCUGAUGGUUUCCACUUUCUUACCAAUAGUCCUGGUAUGAGAGAUGAGCCUGAUACUACCAUCAUAGGUGGCUCUUACCAGGAGUUGGCCAUAUUAUCUGACAAUGGUGGUGGGUGGAAGCAGCAUAAUGUUAGUCAUGUCUCAUGGCAAGGAGGAAACUUCACUGAUUCACCAGUUAACAGGACAUUAUUGCUGCCAGCAGAGGAGUUUGACCCUUUAGGAGGACAUACUAUCUUACAGGUCAUCAUAAUUGUCUUCCUCACUGGAUCGCUUUCUCUUCUCACUGUUGUUGGCAACAUCCUAGUGUUGGUGUCAUUCAAGAUCAAUAAGGCACUGAAGACAGUGAACAACUACUACCUGCUAAGCCUAGCAUUUGCUGACCUUACAAUUGGCACACUUUCAAUGAACCUGUAUACCACCUACCUCAUAAUGGACCAGUGGGCUCUGGGGCCAGUGAUCUGUGACUUGUGGCUUGCAAUAGACUAUGUGGCUAGUAACGCCUCAGUCAUGAACCUGCUUGUUAUCAGCUUUGACAGGUAUUUCUCUGUUACCAGACCUUUGACAUACCGGGCCAAGCGUACAACAAAGCGAGCAAUGACCAUGAUUGGAUUGGCCUGGUCAAUCUCUUUCAUUCUCUGGGCCCCAGCCAUCCUGUUCUGGCAGUACAUUGUGGGUGAGCGGACAGUCCAGCCCAAUGAGUGCUACAUCCAGUUCCUGUCCGAGCCCAUCAUUACAUUCUGCACUGCUAUAGCUGCGUUCUACUUGCCAGUAACUAUUAUGGCAUUCCUGUUUUGGAAGAUCUAUCAGGAGACAGAGAAGCGUGUUAAAGAUAUGGAAGGUCUCAAGGGAUCUGGGUCAGGUAACCGCCCAAGCCAGGCUCAGAAUCAAGGAAGUGGUAGUGGAAAAGCUGGUGGAGAAUGUGCAACUAAGAGCCAGAAGGAUUCGUCAGCCAUGCAGCGCCAAAUGAGCUCUCAAAGCUGCAGCAGCUAUGAACUAAAUCAGCUGGCUUCAGAGAAGAAAAACAAGGACAAUGUCAGCAUACAAGGAGGAACGGGAAGCAGAAGGAGGUGUGGCGCAUUCUGCUUCCAGUUUUCAUCACUGCUGCCAGGUCACCAUGCAUCCAAGAGGUCCGUCAACACCACGACAACUACAGUGGGUGAAGCAGAGCAGAGCAGCUGUGACAGCUUUAACAACAAUGAAGUUGGAGCCUCUGGGGACCAGUCGGGUUCAGAGGAUGAAGCUGACGGUGCAGACCCAUCAAAAUCUCCAACAGAUGGUAAAAAAUCUAGAAAGGUGAAAAACAACAAAGAUAAAGGAUCAUCAUCUUCCAAAAGUCGAAAAGGUUCACAAUCAAACCCUGUCACCUCAUCACCCGCCGACCAAUCACCUGCAGCCAUCACCAUGAAGGAUGCAGCGAUGGCCAAACGCUUCGCCUCUAAGGCCAAGACAGAGGUCAGCAAGCGUAAGAAUGAAAAAAAGGCAAAUGAAAAGAAAGCAGCACGGACACUCAGUGCCAUCCUCUUCGUCUUCAUCAUGACGUGGCUACCAUACAAUAUCAUGGUGUUGGUCAACACUUUCUGUCAGGACUGUAUUCCCGAAACUCUGUGGGCACUGGGCUACUGGUUGUGUUACGUUAACAGCACAAUCAACCCAAUGUGCUAUGCCCUGUGUAACAAGACCUUCCGGACAACUUUCAGGGAUAUCUUGAUGUGCCAGUGGGAUCAAAAGAAGAACAAUCCUCAUUUUCAACAGAGGAAGGCUGUGGCUUUCAAGAAAAAAGACGCAAUGUAGAAUAUAGUGGCAAAUUAUUGAUAGUUAUGUCUUUCAAAGAUGUAUUUCCUUAUCUAUAUUCAGAUUUGGAAUGCCAUAUACAAGCCUUCUAUUUCAGGGAAAAGAUGCUGAACAGAAUUUUGCAAACCAAAACUAAUUCUACAGGAUUUCUUUUCAAGCUAGCAGUGGGGCCAAAGGCUGGUCCAUUAGUCUGACCCAAUUUGGACUAUUCAUGGUCCCAGAGCAUAGAGGUUAAGCCGAACAACUGUGAUAUAGCUGUGAUAUAAUCACAACAUACCACAGCCGUGAGCUGUUUCGUAUUAUAAAACACUAUGUAUGGCAAUAUAAAAGUCAUAGUCACAUUCUAAUUUCAAUAGAUAGAUAAAUAAUCAUAUUCACAAUAAAAUAGGCUCUCCUGGGCUGGCUGGCUGCCUGCACAUACUGAGGCAGUUGCUAUGGAUAAGGUAACGUUAGCCUACACUAGCAGCUAGCUAGUGUGGGCUUAGUUUAGAUUCACCAAAGUUACACAAUAACACAAACAAACUAAAGAUCGAGGCAGUGCUAGACCAGCAACUAACUGGUCAAGGCAGUAGUUAAGCAGCAACUCCUGUGUUUUGCGAGGUAAAUUGAUUGUUUUUGCCAAUGGAGUCUGGUGGCUUUUAAGAAAGCAUAGAUAACGGCUUCAGGUCUCUGCCGGAAAGGGCUGUCUAAAGGAAAGGUAAAGCGCUGAAAAUAUUUUACAUAUAGCAUACACUUAAAGGGUAACUUUGCCGAUUUUCUGUGUCAUGGCUGAGUGAUACUUAUUGCGCAAAGGAAUUAUAAGUCAUAGCUGUGGUAUGUGGUUACUAUAUAACAGCUAUGAACCAAUCAUCAUUGCUUGAUUUGAGCUAACUGUUUGAUAUUUGCCAAUAAAUUGGUGAUCCAUU